AUGAGACCAAUUCCAGUCAAUGCUCUCAAAGACUUCUAUGGUACUCAUGCUUACUAUAAAACCAGGCUGGUUCUCAACAUCAGGGACUCCAAGAGAGAUGUUGUUGCUGCAGCUUCUGCAGCUUUGGACCUAAUAACAAAUAUUCAAGUAGAAGCCAUCAUAGGGCCAACGACUUCCACGCAAGCCAAUUUUAUAACCCAACUUGGAGAAAAAGCUAAAGUGCCCAUAAUAUCAUUUUCUGCAUCAAACCCUUCUCUUACUACCAUUCGAAGUCCAUACUUCUUUCAAGCUACACCAAACGACUCCUUCUUUCAAGCUACACCAAACGACUCUGCUCAAGUAAAUGCCAUUAAGUCUUUUGGAUGGCGAGAAGCGGUGCUUGUCUAUGUUGACGAUGAAUAUGGAGUUGGAAUCAUACCUUAUUUAACUGAUGCCUUGCAAGCAGUUGAUACUCAAGUCCCUUACCGGAGUGCUAUUUCUCCAUUAGCCACAGACAGUCAAAUUAUUGAAAAGCUUUAAAAGUUGAAGGAAAUGAGAAGUCGAGUUUUUGUUGUGCACAUGUUGCCUGAUCUUGGUUCUAGGCUUUUUAUAAAUGCAAAAAAGAUUGGAAUGAUGGGUAAAGGCCGUGUUUGGAUAAUUACAUAUAGAAUGACCGAUUUCUUGGAUUCAAUGGAUUCUUUUGUUAUUGAAUCAAUGCAAGGAGUAUUGGGUAUUAAACCUCACGUUCCAAUGGAAAAGUUAAAGAAUUUUCAAGUACAAUAGUACAAUGGCAAAAGGAUCCAUCAGGUUAAUCCUGAGAAAGAUGAUUUGCUAAAUUUGAAACAUUGUUACGGAUUAUGGGCUUAUGAUGCUACUUAUGAUGCUACAAUAGCAUUAGCCAUGACAGUUGAGAAUGUUUCAACUAGAACUAAGAACUUUGACUUCGAAAAGUCAGGUUUUUCUAGCAACUCAACAACAGAUCUUGAAACUAUUGGUGUUUCUCAAAUUGGUCUGAAUCUUCGUCAAGCAUUAUCAGACACAAGCAUUAAGUUUGAUGCUGUGGUGGGAGAUAUAUCUAUUGUUGCCAACAGAUCCCAAUAUGUGGAUUUUACUUUGCCAUAUACAGGAGCUGGCACCGUAUCGAUGAUUGUCGUAACCACAGAUGAAGAAAGUGAUAAACCAUGGGUUUUCUUGAAACCUCUAACAUGCGAUCUUUGGAUUAAAAGCUUGUGUUUCUUCAUUUUUAUUGCAUUUGUAGUAUGGGUUCUUGAACACAGGAUAAAUGAAGAGUUUCAAGGUUCUCAUUCUCAGCAAGUGGGCACUAGCUUCUGGUUUUCUUUCUCGACAAUGGUUUUUGCACAAAGAGAAAGAGUGGAGAGCAACUUGGCUAGAAAAGUAGUAAUCAUAUGGUGUUUUGUCGCACUCGUACUAACACAAUGCUACGCCGCAAGUUUAUCAAGCUUUCUAACCAUGGAACAGCGAUGACCCUCCGUUACCACCAUAGAUGAACUGAUUGCAAAUGGAGAAAAUGUAGGCUAUAAGAAUGGUUCUUUGUUAAGCUUUGGUUUCAAGGAAUCCAAGCUCGUGCCUUACAAAUCUGCUGAAGAGUGUAAUGAUCUCCUUUCAAAAGGAAGUAGUAAAAAUGGAGGCAUUGCUGCUGCUUUUGAUGAAUCACCAUCGACAAAGCUAAUUAUGGCACAGAAUUGCUCUAAAUAUACCUUGGUUGAAACUACUUCUACGUUGGAAUCACAAUAUAGAAACAACAUAUCAAACAUUCAAGAAUUUAGAACAGAUGGACUUGGCUUUGUCUUCCCUAGAGGUUCUCCUUUAACGGCUGAUGUGUCUAGAGCAAUUUUAAAGGUGAUUGAAGGAGACAAAAGCAAAGAAAUAGAAGAAAAAUGGUUUGGGAAACAAGUGACUUGUCCAGAUCGUAGCAAUUCAGUUCCUUCAAAUAGGCUUGGUCUCAAUAGUUUCUGGGGUCUAUUCUUGAUUGCUGGAGUAGCUUCUUUACUGUCUCUAAUUAUAUACAUGGCUAUGUUUAUUCACAAAAACAGAGGAAUCUUGAUUACCUCUGACUCUAAUGCUUCACUGUGGAGUAGAAUUCUUGAAUUGUUAAGAAUCUUCAAGCAGAAAGAUUUCAGAUCGCAUACUUGCAGAAAAAGUGAUGAAAAUGAACCAAGUUCAUCUACCUUCGCAAUGGAUACAGAUUUCCUGGAAGAACAAAGGACGUCUUCUCCAGAAUCUCAGGAGGCAGCUUUAAAUAUUGAGUUUUGUUAACUGAGUCAAGAACAAUCCAUGGAAAUAGAACUUGAAAAUAAUUGAUCUUGAAUAGGAAAUUGUUUUAUUUUAAUGUUAAGAAAAAAAAAAUUAUGUAAAGUAUGAUCUAGUAUAUCAUGUAUUCGUUUCUCUGCCUCUCACUGUGGCUUUAGUUCUACCGUGAUUGGCUAAUUUCAG